AUGACUAUUCAAACUCUGUUCACACUACACUGUUUAUAUCGGACUUUUUUCAAUUUAAAAGUAGCAUUUUUUUUAGGUUCAGCAGGCCUUACAAUGAUGCUAUUAAAUAAUUAUUACAGAUUCAUAGUUCUACUGGUUGGAUUUCUGUGCCUAGCGUCACUAUGCUCGAAUUAUUUAAUUAUAAAUUUUACAUUUAUCUGUAUGAAACACGAUUUUUCAGAUGGAUUCACAGAAAUUAAUGGGACCCGUCAAAGUAUCUACGAUUACACACCCGACGACAAGAAAUGGAUUUUGUGGGCAGUGGCUGCGGGUACCAUUAUUGGCACAGUACCCAUGAACCUGCUGUUGGUGAAGUAUGGGGCGAGAUUUCCAUUUUUCCUAUCUGGAAUUGUUUCCUGCAUCUCUACUUCAUUAAUCCCAUUCGCUGCAAAAUGGAAUUUCGCAUUUUUAAUUAUUUUGCGAUUUAUUCAGGGAUUCUCAUUUUCUGCCGACUUUGCCGCAAUCGGCUUAUUGGCUGUACGCUGGGCUCCACUUGCAGAAACUGCAAUUUUUGUAGCAGUUCUCACGUGCUUCAACGCAAUAGCAUCAAUGAUCACAAACAUGGCGACAGGGCUCAUUUGUGUGAGCUCACUCGGCUGGAAAUGGUCAUAUUACCUACAUUCAAUAGUUGGAGCAAUACUCUUUGUUCUCUGGUAUUUCGUUUACAUUGAUCACCCACAGGAUACGAGAAGGGUGUCUGGCAAAGAAUUACAGAGCAUACAGAAAAAUAAAUCAGAGGCUCAUUUGAGCAAGAAGUGCGAUGUACCUUAUAUUAAGCUCGCAACCAGUCCGGUAAUCCUUUGUGUCUGGGCAAACGCAUUUUUCGACUUGACCGCUGCGAUAAUGUUCUCAACCUAUAUUCCACUAUAUUUACAUGAAGUUCUGAAAUUUGGAGUCACCGAGACUGGAUUUUAUUCAAGUUUAAUACAUGGAAUUUGUCUGCCAGUCAGGUUGUGCUUUGGUAUCAUCAGUGAUAAAAUACAAUUCAUAAGUGAGCCUGUAAAAAUUCAAAUUUUCAACACAAUAUCCGUCGGAGGUUCCGGCCUAUUUUUCGCCUCAAUUGGCUUGAUCCCAAUGGAAUAUCGUGGAUGGUCGGUAUUCUCCUGCAUCAUGACUAUGAGUUGCAUUGGAGUGAAUCCGGGAGGCUUUUAUAAAGUCGCAGUGUUACAUUCCAGGCAAUUCGCUCACGUGGUGCUCACCGCAAUCCAAUGGAUAAAAUGUUUGGCUCUGUUUGUUGCUCCGGCACUUGUAUCGAUUUUUGUCACUAAUGAAUCUAUUAGACAGCAGUGGAUUUGGGUAUUUCUGAUAGUUGGUGGUGGUAUGGUGAUUACAAAUAUCCUGGGCUUCUUCUUUUUAACGGAUAAACCAGCUGAGUGGACUGACACAGACGAACCUUUAGAAAAACUUUAAUUUUUCGUUCAUUGUAGAAAACUGUAGAAAUAAAUGUAUUUACUGAAU